GAUCUGCAGCAUUGUGUGCCGAACGUGCGACACGAACGGACGUACGUUCAGAUCGUUACCGACACGAUCGCGUGUAACGUAUUUGUUUGGACUAUACUUCGUAUUUUCAUGUGUGCAUUACCUCUGUGACUUCGGACUGGAUUGUGAAUGAUGCCAAAGAACCCUUGUGAUAGGAACUGACGUGUGUAAUUUACUUAGUUUUUAUUUGUUUUUUUUUCUUAUACACGUUUUUAUUUUGUUACACUGAUGUAUCCACAGGCGAGAGGAACGAUGGUAACGCACUCGAAGAAACAUGUCAUCUAAAAGAAAGUCGCCGCCCUCUAAAUUGCAAGAAGGUGCUACCGACACAGAGAAAUCGGAAGCCGGACCCGCAGCACUGGAGUUCUCGGAUCACCACGAGUCUGACGACAACGAACAUCAAAACUUCUACAAGUUCUCACCAAGUUCUUCGCCCAGAACUUCUCUCAGCGAAGGCGAAACCUACGAAGACGAACAGCCGAGCAAAAAACAACGCUUUGAUCAAUCAUUAGACAUGACAAAUAAUCUUCUAGUCCCAUCGUCAUUCCUCAGUCUGCAUCAAGUCAACGAUCUCCAGGCAAGAAGACGUGGCUCCUCAGAAUGCAGCAGUCCCGGCGCUGAAAAAGUGCUGGGACUUUGCAAUAAUAACAAUUCAUUGCUGAAUCACAACAGCGCGUUAUCGCUCGCACCUCCGCAUAAGCGGUCUAUGGACGAUGUACUGAAAAGAUUAACGUCCAAAAUGAAUAAUAGUACUAUAAAAGAAGAGAAGAGGCCCACGCCAUCCACAACGCCUGUUAAACAGAACAAUGACAGACGAGGGGUUCUAGACGCAGCGACACUACAGGCUUUGCAGGCGGGAGAAAGUGUCUUAGAGAAGGAGAGGCAGCUAUCCGAGAUGAUUUUACAGCUGCAAAUGGUUCGAGAGCAGCUGUUAGCGCAGCAGGAACAUAAUAAGAAUAUAGGGACGGUUUCCGCUGAGUUGGAGCUCCAGAGACUUCAGCAGGAGCAUCUCCGGAGACAGGAGCUGGUACGACGAGGUCACUCCUUGUAUCCAGCUCCUCCACUGGCGCUGCUGCCACUGCUGGAACAGAUGCGGCCACAACAACCUCAGCCAAACGUGGUUCAAACUUCGAACUGGCCAGCUACAGCUCAACUGGCACAACUGACUGCCAGCGCUCGGUCCCCACCUCCUCAAGAUCCUGACGCGCCUCUGAACCUCAGCAAACAACGAUCACCGUCUCCCAUGAUGAUGCCACGCUAUGUACCCUACCCCCCAAUGGAGGAACAGUAUAUGAAGAAAGACGAUGACUUCAACAACGCUUGUAACACAUCAUCCUGGAAUCAAUCACCGCCAGAGGAAUCCGAAAAGGCUAAGCUCAUUCGUCAACCAAAACGCGAUGAGUCUGGAAAACCCCACAUCAAAAGACCAAUGAACGCUUUCAUGGUUUGGGCAAAGGAUGAGCGCCGUAAGAUUUUAAAGGCAUGCCCGGAUAUGCACAACUCUAAUAUAUCUAAGAUUUUGGGAGCAAGAUGGAAGGCCAUGUCCAACGCCGAGAAGCAGCCCUACUAUGAAGAACAAUCGAGACUUUCAAAGCUUCACAUGGAAAAGCAUCCUGAUUAUAGGUACCGACCAAGACCCAAACGAACAUGCAUCGUCGAUGGUAAGAAGAUGCGGAUAUCAGAGUACAAAAACCUGAUGCGUACACGCAGGCAAGAGAUGAGACAACUUUGGUGCAGGGAUGGAGGUAGUGAACUUAACUUCCUCCCAUCCCUGUCUAGCCCUGGGCCGUCGAAUUCCUCUCCUCCGCCGAACGGGGGCAACUAUAUGAACCCAGCAUUCUCGCCCCCCCUUAGCCCUGGCGAGGAGGAUUGAGGUUCGGCGCGCGGCUGGCCGUAUCCCCACGCCGCGCCCCUCCCCCCUCAUCCCUCCCACCAUCCGUGGUAAUCUGGAAACUUCCAGAAUGUUCAAGAAGCGCACAAAAGCUUCGAGAACUCCUCAUUUUCAGGACUGUCGCUGAAGCCAGUGUUGCUCGGAUCUCUCUCGUUCUUAUCAUUGAGAUUAUUCCAUUAGUGAAUUAAGAUCGAUUCUUGUAAACUCUUCUCGUAGGCACAUAGUUGUACUGAAAUGUGCCAAAAUGUCUUUUUAGACGAUUAGAAAAAUGUAAAUAAUAAGUUAAAUUGUUAUAUUCAUCUGAUAUCAAUGUAAAUAUUUGAGUAACACUCUGUAGAUAUGAAUGCACGUAUCGAUGUUUGGCUAAAAUUAAUUAUCUGUAGUACAAUAGUUUACAUAUAGUUUAAAGUUAUUUAAGUGUUAGGAUCCGGAGUUUACUUUUUUGUGGCCAUGUAUAAAUUUUAGUUGAACUAUUUACUUUUGUAGUUUAGGUUUAAGGACUUAAUGUAUCAAACCAAAAAUUUGAAGCGGUAUGCUUGAAAAUUUAAGUGUUUUGAACACUACUGAACAACCAGUGAUAAAUCGAUGCAUAAUAUGUUAUGAAAAUAUAAUACUCAUUAGAGGAAAUCUGUAAUUUAUAGAAAAACAGAUGUAAUAACUCGAUAAUUUAUAUGAAUAUUGAAAUUGUAACCUAUAGGUACCUACCUACCAGUGUUGGACACGAGGGUGGUCAAUUUGGAGUUUGUCAAUUUAAUAUAAAAUUAUAUUCUAUUGUCUAUUCCCAAUUUUCUAUUUCAAAUAUAACCACCGACACGUGGGAUAUACAUUAACUCAAAUAUUCGCUUUAUCAAAUCGUGCAAUUUAUUAGUAGAAAUACUUUAAGACGUAGUUGUCUAGUAUCAUAAUAUAGAUAUAGAAAACAAAGUUGUAUAGAUCUUAGUGUAAACCAGGUUUAAGGGAGCGAUGUCGUUAAUUGCCAUUUUUUUUGUUAUUUAUUUUUCUAAUUGUAUUUUCUUGUUUUCUAUUUUUGAACUGAUAGCGGGUGCACACUUAUGUCACUUUCAUAUGACGUAUACUAAAUGAGUAACUAUAAUAAAUAAUAUAAAUAACUUAUAAAUAAGGGUUUCCAUAUAUUGUGUUCUAGGUGAUUUAAGUAGGCAUGUAUGUAUUUUUAUUUCAGUGUGCACUCGCCUUUAUAAUGUAUGCCAGUAAUAUGUACUCGACGUGAAUAGCUGUAGAGAGAUAAGCGUAUAAAUAAAUUAUUGUGUACGUGUCUUAAUAUGUAGCGUGUAUUUCUUAGUAAAUGUGUAAGGGCUUGGACAAUGCCGUUAAAUUAUUUAUUCUUACGUUGAUUCCCGUUGUAAAUACUAUAUUUUGAUGUAAACGUUACUCGUUAUUUUGUCAUGAUCGAUACUUAAUAUGCAAACGCAUAGAUCUCGGUCGAUUUUUUUUUUCUUAUUUUUAUUUAUUAUCUGUUUUAUAUUAAUUUUUUUUUAAUCAACUGCUAUUGUUUCUCAUUCUAUCUCGAAUUUUAAAUACAGCCUAGAUUAUAUUGUACUUACUAAAAUUAUAUGUUGUUAUAUAUUUUGUCGUUUAACUAAAUUAUUUUUCAACGAUUGAGAUUAUUUUGUUAUAAUUUCCACGGUAAGCGAUUAAGUAGAUAGACAUAGGUUUAAAUACCUUGUAGGUAUUAACCGCAGGACACAUUAUUUAAAAAUUGUGCCAAAACCCAAAAGUUUAAUAAAAAGUAAUUAUGAAAAUAUA